UGUGCUUCCAGAGUGGUUUGUACAGGGGAGGGGGGAACCAAGAAAGUAAUGAUCUCGGUGACCUGAGCCUCAUCCCGGGACAGUGUAACCACAGCCCUGGUCGGCACGGCGCUUUGAGCUGGGGACAAUGGCGGAGUCCGUGUUCUCCAGCCCGCAGACCCGCAGCCCGAGCGGGUCGUAUCGCUCCGAAAAAGGUUUGAGUCUCCUCACCACCAAGUUUGUGUCCCUUAUGCAGGAAGCCAAGGACGGCGUGCUUGAUCUCAAAGUGGCAGCUGACAGCCUUGCUGAGUGGCAAAAGAGAAGAAUAUACGACAUCACCAAUGUGCUUGAAGGAAUUGGCCUUAUAGAGAAGAAGACUAAGAACAGCAUUCAGUGGAAAGGUGUGAAUACCAGGUGCAACACCAAAGAAAUUACAGACCGGGUACAGUUUUUAAAGGCUCAGAUUGAAGAACUGGAAAUGAAGGAAAAAGAACUGGACACUCAGAGGACCCUGCUUCAGCAAAAUACAAAAAGGAUCUUGGAUGAUCCUAUGAUCAACAGAUUUGCGUAUGUGACGCAUGAUGAUAUCUGUAAUGCCUUCGGUGGUGACACACUGCUGGCUGUUAUUGCUCCCUCUGGGACACAGUUAGAUGUGCCUGUCCCUGAGCCGGGUCAAAAUGGCCAAAAGAAGUACCAGGUAAACUUGAAGAGUCAGACUGCACCCAUUCAGGUGAUGCUGUUAAACAAACCCUCCAGCUCCUCAAAACCAGUGGUUUUGUCUGUCCCACCACCUGAUGACCUUUGUGUUGUUCCAAGUCCACCAACCACACCAGCCAGUUUGGAGAAGUGCCACUCUUUCAUUCCUGAGCAUGCAGUCCCUUUACAAGAACAGUACAUGACAUCUGCAGUAGACUUACAAAUCGACUGCACUGUCAGAUCUGGUCCAUGUUUAACGAUGCCAGUUUCUUUAACUGCCACAGGCAGUGAAACAGAAAGUAAUGAUGAUAUUCAGCAGAUUAAUGCAGAUGAUCUGCAGACCCUGCUUCCCCUGGAUGUAGGCAGUAUGCUAAACAUGAGCACUGUAGACCAGAGCAAAGAGGAAACUGAAGAGUCCACUGUUGGGGAUGUAUUACAGGAAAUUAUGUCUACUGAAGUUCUCCCUUUGCUGCAGCUUUCACCAAAUCCAGAGUUGGGAUACAGCUUCAACCUGAAUGAUAACGAAGGACUCGUUGACUUAUUUGAUGUACGUAUUCUUAAUUAUUAGUUAAAAUUAUGCCUCGAGUAUCAUGACUACCUCUGCGAUCAUACCCUUUCUAAUUUGUGACUGAUGUGUAUAGUGGAACUUAUAACAUCUCCAGUUACAGGGGGUUUUGAUUUUUUUGUUUUCCCUUUACAAAUAAAAGCUGUAAAAACCUCUCUACUACACGGUCAGUAAGAAACAAAAUAGGAAGUCUUUUAAUUGCUUUUUUUAAAAGCUUUUAGUCCAUUUGGUGAUGUUGGUUAAAAUUAAACACUAUCGUUCAUUUUUGUCUUCUGUAAAGUUAUACUUUAAUAUUUUAGAUUAUAUGUAAAGUGUUUAAUCUUUUGGUUUUUUUUUACUUUUUAAAGUUUUUUUGCCCUUUUGAACCUGUCAGUCUUUUCUUUCUUUGUCCUUUACGUUUAUGAAAUCGAUUACUGGAACCCUCAAACUUAUAUGAUUUUAAUGUUUUAAUAUUUGACUACAGAGCACAUUUUUUAGGUCUGAGUGACUAAGUACAUUAUGUCAUUUUAAAGGCCUUUGACAACAUCUUUGUUUCUGAGAAGUUGUUUGUGAAAUACAAGAUCAUCCAUCAUCUGAUUCUGUGUCAUAUCUCAUCCAGAUCAUAUCUCAUUCUUUUUUCGUUAUUUAUAUAUUAAAGCCAUGGUUCUCAUUUACAUUUCUAUCACAUUCCAGUUUGUACCUGUCUUUGGUUACUCAGACCUAAUACUUCAAGCAUUUCUCCCAAACUGUGCUGCAUUUAAUUAACUUUUAAUAAGGUGGAGGAUUGGGGUGACCGAUUUCAUCUGUAUGAAUCCAUAGACCAUAUACUGUAUUUAAUGUUCACUGAAUAAAGUGCCUUUUUGAGUA